GCGAGAAGCUGAAGGAGCAGGUGCGCCGAGAGGUGGACACCUUCGUAAAAGCGAACGGCCUGGACGCGGACGCCGCCGCCGCGCUGCGGGCGGAGGCCCCGGAGGUGCAGGCCCACGUGCUGUCGCGCGGCAACCUCGCCAGCACGAGGAACACCGGCUCGGCGCUGGCCAAGCGAAUCAGAGAAGCCAAAGCGACGCCAGCGUGGGGUCCGCCGCCGAUGGGGCAUCCAGGGGCGCCGCCGCCGCCGCAGGGGGCGCCGGGGUACCCUCCACCAGGCGGCUACGGCUACGGCCCCCCGCCCAGCGACUACGGCUACGGCCCCCCGCCGAGCGGCUACGGCCUCCCGCCGGGCGACUACGGCUACGGCCCUCCGCCCGGCGGCUACGGCUACGGCCCCCCGGCGCCCGGCGGCUGCCCCCCCCGCCCGCCGGGCGACUUCGGCGGCUUCGCCCCGCCGCCGGGCGACCACGGGCACGGCCCGCCCGCGGGUUACAG